CUUGGAUCCUUCAUCCAGAGGACUGGCCGUCUAUCAGCACGAUGCCAGGAAAACCUGCCCCCAUCAAGAAGUCCCCAGGCAAGAAGGCUGCCGAGAAGGCACCUGAGCCCGCCCCGGAGCCUGAACCCGCUCCCGUAGAGGCUCCACCCGCGGAGGCUGCACCUGCGGAGGCUGCACCUGCCGAGGCCGCUCCCGCUGAGGCACCGGCAGAGGCAGCUCCUGCAGCCGAGGGAGAAGCAGCCCCCGCCGCCCCAGCAGAAGAAACCCCUGAAGGAGCCGCUCCAGCUGCUCCAGCAGAAGCUGCCGUAGUUGAGGAGCCGCCAAAGGCCCCCACGCCCCCACCUCCUGCAGUCCCCACCAGCGCUCCUCUGGAAGUGUCUGUGGAAGAUGUGAACGACUCCAGCCUCACUAUUAAAUGGCAGACUCCGGAGACCAUUGGAGACUCCGGCCUGGACGGAUACACGGUCGAGUACUGCAAGGAUGGAACAACAGACUGGGUUGUAGCUAACGAGGAGCUGACCCCAGCUAACCGCUACUGCAUCAAGAGUCUGACAGCCGGUGACCUGCUUCAUGUGCGCGUGGUGGCUGUAAACCCCGGUGGUCGCAGUGAACCCGGUACAAUUGCUGCGCCUGUGCCAAUCCGUGAGGUUGCCGAGCGACCCAAGAUCCGCAUGCCCCGCGCUCUCAGAUCUCGCUAUGUAAAGCAGGUUGGAGAGCAGAUCAACCUGGUUUUACCCUAUCUUGGAAAGCCCAAACCUGUGGUGUCCUGGCUUAAGGAUGGUCAGCCUUUGGAUACAAAGAGGGUCAACAUCAGGAACAGUGACAAGGACAGCAUUUUGUUUAUCCGCACCGCUCAGAGGGAGGACUCUGGCGUUUACGAGAUGACUGUUAAAGUGGACAGCUUUGAAGACAAAGCCAACCUCAUCCUGCAGAUCGUGGAGCUGCCCGGCCCUCCUGCCAGUGCGAAGCUGGUGGACACCUGGGGCUUCAAUGCUGCUCUGGAAUGGACCCCUCCCAAGGAUAAUGGCAAUACAGAGAUUACUGGAUAUACCGUCCAGAAGGCCGACAGGAAGACUGGGGAGUGGUUCACGGUGCUGGAUCACUACCACAGGCUAACUGCCACCAUCUCAGACCUCAUCAUGGGCAACUCGUACAGCUUCAGGGUGUUCGCCGAGAACAAAGUGGGCGUCAGUGAGUCGUGUGCAGUCACCAAGGAGGUGGCUACCAUCCAGAAGACAGGUAUUGUCUACAAGCCUCCCGAGUACCCAGAGCACGACUUCAGCGAGGCACCCAAGUUCACCACCCCCCUCAGUGACCGUGCUGCCACCAUUGGAUAUACCACCAAGCUGCUGUGUUCUGUGCGUGGAUGCCCCAAGCCUAAGAUCGAGUGGUUGAAAAAUCAGAUGGUCAUCGGCGACGACCCCAAGUUUCGUCAAAUCUCUAACCAGGGCAUUUGCUCCCUCGAGAUCCGUAAGCCCUGCACCUUCGAUGGUGGUGUGUAUACCUGCAGAGCCAAGAACGCCCAGGGAGAGGCCAUGGUCUCCUGCAAGCUGGAAGUGAAACAGAUUAUUCUUUCAGAGGCCAAUAAAGAGAAGGGCAAAUAAACCAACAUCCAAAUCUCCAGAGUGCCUUUAAAGGACCAGCAGAAGUCCAGGUCUUAUGUUUUAAGAGUGUUUGAGGAGAUGUAAGAGAAAGUUGUGGCUGGCUGUGCAGCAGUGUGUACAUUAUGAAAAAGGGGACAGAACAACAUACCAACAUCUUCAUAUCCAUUUACCUUACCGUGCUCCGCCUACACGAACAUCCCUGACUCACCCACUUCUUCCACAAUGCAGGAAGGACCCAACCAAUUGCAGUUUGCCAAAUGUUGUAUGUUAUUUUAGCUGGUGAAAUCUAUGUAAGGCUAUAUUUACAAUGUUUUUUUCUGCCUGUGUCCAUGUGCUGUUUGUUACAGUACAUCUAUGUACUACCUAAUAAAACAGUAAAUCAUUGGAUAUGCUAUUGCAAUGACUAUAUGGAUGUGUAAUAAAACUUGUAUUUUACUAUG